AGGUCGUUCCAAUUAUAAUAUUAUUGAUUCCGCUAAUAAUCCUGAUUUUGUAGAUAAUUCAGAAAUAGGUCCAGAUAAUACUGAUGAAAAUAAUAUCACAGAAUCAGUUAGGUCGAAGCUACUUGCAAGCAAACCGAGACAUCGCUAUAAAUACGCGAGGAGAUAUUCGAGGUGUGGCGGAUGUGGUGAUUGACAAUUUCUAUCUCUGUAUUGUUUAAAAUACUUACUGUUGACUGUUGAUAUGUUUCUUAUAUGAAUUGCAUUAUAAUUCCGCUAAAUACAAAUUCCUGAUUGCUGCCCUCUCUGGGUUUUGUUUAGAUUCUUAUAAUUCCGUCAUAUCGAAAUACUAAUACUUCAAGUACAAUAAAUUACUACAAAUUGGCGUCGCGAUGGAGCUAAGUAACCUGGGAAAAUUUCCUCUUAAUGGUUCUCCGCGGGAGAUUGCUGAUUAUUUGGAAUGCUUUGAUGCGUGGUGCAUUUCCAAGAAUGUUCGGGAUGAUAAAAUACCUGCUCAUUUCAUCACCGCUAUUGGGCUUGAUGCAUAUAGCCUGGUGAAGAAUCUGGCAUUUCCAGAUAAACCCAUUUCUAUGUCAUAUGACAAGAUCCGUGAACUUCUGACAAAUCACUUUCAUGUAACUACAUUUGAGACCAGAGAGAGGGCUCACUUCAACAAACUGGUACGUUCUCCCAACCAGAAGAUUAGAGACUUCAUUCUUCAACUUCAAAUUCAAGCCUCAAAGUGUAAUUUUGGAGAUCAGCUGCAUACUCAACUACGUGAUCGUCUAAUUGCUGGAAUCAAUAUUCCUAAAUUAGAGAAAGAGUUAAUUCAGAUUCCUUCUUGUACCUUUCAAACUGCUAAAGAGGUAUGUAUUACAUAUGAAGAUGUCAAUAAUGAAUACUCUGCUCCCACUACGUCAGUAUCUGAUGUCAUGCUGUCCAAAGUCGAAAAUACAAGUGUUCAUGGAAAGCAAUCCAAACUGCCGUCCACAGGUAAUAGAAUGCAGCCAGAGAUCAAAAACAUUAAACCGUGUUUAUCCUGUGGAAAGUUACAUCUACGAAGCACUUGCCGUUUUCGGAGUGCUAAGUGCUAUAAAUGUGGUAAAGUUGGACACAUCAAGACGGUUUGCAGAAGUUCGAAUACUUAUGUUGCUCAACAUUCUUAUAAUUCUCCCAAGCUGUCUAGUAAAAUGGAGUCUAUGUGUCUUUCAACCUUUCAAAAUACUCAAGCUAAUCCAACGAAAACCUCCACUGCAAGUUCAGCAACGCAAGCAUCAACUGUAUUCAAAAAUGAGGUAGCUAAGUUGCAAUGUGAACUGUCGAAAGCACGAAAAGACCUGAAUGAGAUGAGAGAGCAACUGAAUAAAAUUGAGGAAUUACUGCAUAUGCAUAGACUACGUCUGGUGAAUCCAGAGCAUACAAGUUCUUGUGAAAGUCCUGCAAAACUAUUCAAAUCUCGAAUUCUCAAGAAGCAUCUGAUGUCCACGACUUCUAAUGUACAUUAUUACAAAGGUAAUAACUAUAGACCUUCUGUUGGAAUUAUACUACAAAAAAUGGGAAAUCGAGUGGUGAAGAUAUUAGACAUCAAAGAUCACUCAGUUCAUAACGGACACCUGGACAAAGUGACAAUAAAUGAAGUAGGUCGUUCCAAUUAUAAUAUUAUUGAUUCCGCUAAUAAUCCUGAUUUUGUAGAUAAUUCAGAAAUAGGUCCAGAUAAUACUGAUGAAAAUAAUAUCACAGAAUCAGUUAGGUCGAAGCUACUUGCAAGCAAACCGAGACAUCGCUAUAAAUACGCGAGGAGAUAUUCGAGGUGUGGCGGAUGUGGUGAUUGACAAUUUCUAUCUCUGUAUUGUUUAAAAUACUUACUGUUGACUGUUGAUAUGUUUCUUAUAUGAAUUGCAUUCUAAUUCCGCUAAAUACAAAUUCCUGAUUGCUGCCCUCUCUGGGUUUUGUUUAGAUUCUUAUAAUUCCAUCAGAUCGAAAUACUAAUACUUCAAGUACAAUAAAUUACUACAAAUUGGCGUCGCGAUGGAGCUAAGUAACCUGGGAAAAUUUCCUCUUAAUGGUUCUCCGCGGGAGAUUGCUGAUUAUUUGGAAUGCUUUGAUGCGUGGUGCAUUUCCAAGAAUGUUCGGGAUGAUAAAAUACCUGCUCAUUUCAUCACCGCUAUUGGGCUUGAUGCAUAUAGCCUGGUGAAGAAUCUGGCAUUUCCAGAUAAACCCAUUUCUAUGUCAUAUGACAAGAUCCGUGAACUUCUGACAAAUCACUUUCAUGUGACUACAUUUGAGACCAGAGAGAGGGCUCACUUCAACAAACUGGUACGUUCUCCCAACCAGAAGAUUAGAGACUUCAUUCUUCAACUUCAAAUUCAAGCCUCAAAGUGUAACUUUGGAGAUCAGCUACAUACUCAACUACGUGAUCGUCUAAUUGCUGGAAUCAAUAUUCCUAAAUUAGAGAAAGAGUUAAUUCAGAUUCCUUCUUGUACCUUUCAAACUGCUAAAGAGGUAUGUAUUACAUAUGAGGAUGUCAAUAGUGAAUACUCUGCUCCCACUACGUCAGUAUCUGAUGUCAUGCUGUCCAAAGUCGAAAAUACAAGUGUUCAUGGAAAGAAAUCCAAACUGCCGUCCACAGGUAAUAGAAUGCAGCCAGAGAUCAAAAACAUUAAACCGUGUUUAUCCUGUGGAAAGUUACAUCUACGAAGCACUUGCCGUUUUCGGAGUGCUAAGUGCUAUAAAUGUGGUAAAGUUGGACACAUCAAGACGGUUUGCAGAAGUUCGAAUACUUAUGUUGCUCAACAUUCUUAUAAUUCUCCCAAGCUGUCUAGUAAAAUGGAGUCUAUGUGUCUUUCAACCUUUCAAAAUACUCAAGCUAAUCCAAUGAAAACCUCCACUGCAAGUUCAGCAACGCAAGCACCAACUGUAUUCAAAAAUGAGGUAGCCAAGUUGCAAUGUGAACUGUCGAAAGCACAAAAAGACCUGAAUGAGAUGAGAGAGCAACUGAAUAAAAUAGAGGAAUUACUGCAUAUGCAUAGACUACGUCUGGUGAAUCCAGAGCAUACAAGUUCUUGUGAAAGUCCUGCAAAACUAUUCAAAUCUCGAAUUCUCAAGAAGCAUCUGAUGUCCACGACUUCUAAUGCACAUUAUUACAAAGGUAAUAACUAUAGACCUUCUGUUGGAAUUAUACUACAAAAAAUGGGAAAUCGAGUGGUAAAGAUAUCAGACAUC